AUGGGCAUCACCAAGCUCACUCACACAAACUGCGUCAUCAUUGAGGUAAAAGCUUACACAAAACUCAGCACACACAAAGGGUGGACAGCAGGGGUGUAUAUAAGGGGUGUCUCUCUCUGAGCGGAGAAGUCCCUUCAUCCCUCUCACACAUUACUCCAACACUCUCUCUCUCUCUUUACUCAAGAUGACUGUGGGGUUGUGUGUGUGUGUUCUGUUGAUGGUCCUGUGCAUUAGCUGUUUGGGAUGCCCCCACUCCUCUCCCCUCCUCCAAGAGGGCCGCCCUGCCCUGCCCCCUGCCUCUGAAGCACGUCUCGAAACAGCACGUCUCGAAGCCAAAGCCCACUUCCUCUCCGAGCGUUGCCUAAGACAUGCUCGCUCCGCCCCUUUGGUCAAUACCAACCCAUAUACGGGAGAAGAAGGCGGAGACUCCAGAGCCAAACUCAAUGAACUGUUGGCUAGACUCAUCUCCUCACGGAAAGGUUAUAUCAGUAGGAACUCAACAGUGAACAGCAGAGCCAGAGGUCUCCGUGCUAAUCACCUGAUAAAAGACCAAGACUACACUGGGUGGAUGGACUUUGGCCGCCGCAGCGCACAAGAAGAAAAUUAGCACUCCUCGUGAAAAAGUAGUCCCUCUCUACAAGAAAAAAACAACAAGUCACUGGGCUCGUCAUGAGAGUAUAUUUAUUCUGUAUUUUUGAUGUACGUUUGUAAACACUAUAUGAUGCAAUAUACGGUAUAUAUACAUAUGCCAAAUUUAGCAGAAAAGCUAUUUAAUGUUCUGGUUUUCUGUCCUGGCUUUCUGUCUGUUCAUGGUUUUGUAGGGAAUUGUAUGGAAUGUAAAAGGUUAGAUGUAGAUGGAAAAAGAUAUAUAGAUCUCAGUGAGACGAACCUGGAUCAAUAACAGUUCUAGAAUGUACAGAGACACACAGAUAACAACUUACACUCCCGUAAAACCACAUAAUACACUCAUGUUAUAACCUCAAGACUUUACACUAGAUAUUAAAAUAGUGAGCAGUGGGCCCAUUCUAGUACAAUCAAGCUGGUAGAAUACACAGCUCCACUCCUCUAGAACCACAGUUCUCUCAAUUAACCAAUUGCUAUAACUGAUUUAUUUAUUAAGGCCAUUGAUUGGUCAGAGAAUCAGUCUCUGAUUAAAAGGCAAGGAUGAAACACUGCGGACACUGCAGCUGUGCCCCCCUUGACUUACACACGUCUGUAGCGAACAACAACCCUGCCUGGUUGACAACCAGGCUGCCCUAACAACCCACUGGGAAUAGACCUGCGAGUGGCGCAGUGGUCUAAGGCACUGCAUCGCAGUGCUAGCUGUGCCACUAGAGA